UGACAUUUCAGGCAUCUGCUGUGGGAGCUGCUGCAGAAAAGAAACCCAAAACACAGCUGUCCUCGGAGUUGAGGGAUCUGUUUCCUCGUGCGAGCCUGACUGCCAUGCCUGGGUGUUGACACUUUCGGGUACAGCAGUUUAAAAUGGCAGAGAAAGGUGGAAAUGAAGAAGUAGUUAACUUGAACAGCUUCCGUAGUCACAGAGGAAAAGACUGGAUAAACCGCAGGGACGAGGGUCUUAUCAUGAUAUCAGAUUCCUCGGAUGAAGAAUUACCUUUGCUGCUGGAAACGCCAGCAGAGCAGCAGCGUGAGGAAGAUGACGAUGAUGUAGUCAUCUUGGUGGAGACCCCAAAGCAUCAGCAGCUCCUGCGUCCCAAUGUCAUCAGACCUGCUGCUCAAUGGCAAGGUGCAAACGCUGUGGGAGAAGGAGGAUCUAAAAGUGCUGUCGAGCCUUUGAGGAGCAUAUAUCUGCAAGAUGAGAACUCAGCUCUGCUGUGCCAGGGAGACCGGUAUAAUCCCACGGUGGAGGGCAGUGCUGGACCAAGCAGGGAUGAGAAUAUGAACUUUGCCUUGCAGCAGCCCGGAUCAUCUGAGCUUAAUGGCCCCAGGUUUGAACUUACAAGUAACCAGGAGCCUGGCCCAAGUUUGCUUCCAGCAAUAAAGCCGAGUCCACAGCCUGUUGUUAACAGAGAAAUCAUUAGCCUGGAGAAUGCAGAAGUUCCACCACAAGAGGAAGAAAAGGUGGAAGCCCAGGGAUGGCAAGGAGAGGACUUGGAGCCGGAGCAAAACCUCGGAGGAGCAGCUGCUGCAACUACCACAGACCAGGAGAUCCGUGAGAACAGCCAGCUGGAUCACCCAUACUUCCAGCCGUUGGAAGGCGAGCCACAUGCUGUAGUAAAUGGUUGUGCUCCUCAGCAAGGGCAGCCUGAAGCAGACCCAGGAUCUUUGAGGGCAUAUGGAGAGGAGGCUCCUGGGCCAGCCUUCCCCCGACCUGAACCACAGCAGGAUGGGAUUCCAGGUCCCGCUUCGCCCCAGCUGGCGCAUCCACCAGAAGAGAUGGUGAUCAAAUUGCGGUCGGAGUUCCUGUACGUAUUCAGCUGCUUUGCGAUACCGGGAAUUGAGAGCUUUUGA